AUGGCCUCAAUGACCAACAUCUUGAAGAAUAUGAGUUUGGGAGGAAAUAUUCAGCCAGCUGCUACCAUUCAAAGUGCAGAAGUAUCGUGUGUGUAUUGUGGGGACGGGCAUACUUUUGAGAAUUGCCCUUCAAAUCCAGCCUCGGUUUGCUAUGUGGGUAAUCAGAAUUUCAACCGCAACAACAACCCAUAUUCUAGCACUUACAAUCCAGCGUGGAAGAAUCAUCCUAAUCUGUCAUGGGGGGGUCAAGGAGCAAGUUCAAGCACAGCACCAGCACAAGGAAGACAAGCAUAUCCACCAGGUUUUUCACAGCAGCCGAGACCUUCACAACAUGUUCAAAACACCCAGCCAAAUUCUUUGGAGAAUCUAAUGAGGGAGUAUAUGGCUAAGAAUGAUGCAGUAAUACAGAGCCAAGUAGCUUCUCUUCGUAAUCUUGAGAUGCAGCUCGGCCAGCUAGCCAAUGAAAUGAAAACUAGGCCGCAAGGAUCUUUGCCUAGUGAUACAGAAAACCCAAGGAGAGAUGGGAAAGAACACUGUAAAGCUAUUCAGCUGAGGAAUGGUAAAAAUCUAGGAAAUUCUGAGGAAAUACAGGGUAGUGGAGAGCCCACUUCAAUCCAAAGCGAAGGAGAAACAAGUAACAAAACUGCCCAGGAAAUUGCUGAAACUGGCCCAGUUGCUACAGCAAAGGGUCAGCAAACUGCUCCAGUAAAUUCUGGUCCUAAACCGCCCCUUCCAUUUCCGCAGCGAUUUCGCAAACAACAACAGGACGGUCAGUUCAUAAAGUUUUUGGAUGUACUGAAACAGCUGCAUAUUAAUAUCCCCUUGGUCGAAGCAUUGGAGCAAAUGCCGAAUUAUGUCAAGUUCUUAAAGGAUAUUUUGACAAAGAAAAGGCGAUUGGGGGAAUUUGAGACUGUAGCUCUCACAGAAGGAUGUAGCGCGAUGUUGAAAAGCAAGAUCCCUCCUAAGUUAAAAGAUCCUGGAAGUUUCACAAUUCCGUGUUCUAUUGGAGGUAGAGAUGUUGGAAGAGCAUUAUGCGACUUGGGCGCUAGCAUCAACCUUAUGCCUAUGUCAAUCUUCAAAAAGUUGGGUAUUGGUGAAGCACGACCCACUACUGUUACAUUACAGCUUGCUGACAGAUCUAUGGCUCAUCCAGAGGGCAAAAUCGAAGAUGUUCUAGUCCAAGUGGAUAAGUUUAUCUUUCUGGCGGACUUCAUCAUUCUAGACUAUGAAGCGGAUAGAGAAGUACCUAUAAUAUUGGGUCGACCUUUUCUUGCUACAGGGCGUACUCUUAUUGAUGUAUAG